AUGGUAGAAGUCUUCAUGGACGAUUUCUCAGUCUAUGGAGCAUCCUUCUCCUCAUGUUUGUCUAACUUGUGCAGGGUGUUGCAGAGGUGUGAGGAGACCAAUCUAGUACUCAACUGGGAGAAGUGCCACUUCAUGCUCCCUGUUCCCAAGACUGUGAAGGACAUAAGGAGUUUUCUGGGUCAUGCAGGGUUCUACAGAAGAUUCAUCAAGGAUUUCUCAAAGAUAGCAAGACCCUUGACAAGGCUUCUGUGCAAGGAGACAGAUUUUGAGUUUGAUGAAGAAUGCCACAAGUCUUGGACCUUGCUGAAGGAUGCUCUGGUGUCUGCGCCAAUAGUACAAGCUCCAAACUGGGAUCACCCAUUUGAGAUUAUGUGUGAUGCAUCUGACUAUGCAGUAGGAGCAGUGCUUGGCCAAAAGAUAGACAAGAAACUCAAUGUCAUCUACUAUGCAAGCAAGACUAUGGAUGAUGCUCAGUGCAAGUAUGCAACCACAGAGAAGGAACUCCUUGCCAUAGUCUUUGCCUUUGAGAAGUUUCGAAGCUAUAUAGUUGGAUCCAAGGUGAUUGUGCACACUGACCAUGCUGCCCUUAGACACAUCUUCGCUAAGAAAGAUACAAAGCCAAGACUUCUCAGAUGGAUCCUUUUGCUUCAAGAGUUUGAUAUAGAAGUUGUGGACAAAAAGGGAGUAGAAAAUGGAGUUGCUGAUCAUCUCUCUAGGAUGCGAGUUGAAGACAUGAUCCCCAUCAAUGAUUCUAUGCCUGAAGAACAGCUUAUGGCAAUCAUGAUCUUGAAGGAGAUGAACUUCAUGGUGUCCGGAGAAGUCCCUAGUAGCUUUGAUGCUUACAAGAGGAAGAAAUUCUUCAAGGAUGCUAGGCAUUACUAUUGGGAUGAGCCCUACCUGUACAAGAGAGGACCAGACAGCAUUUACAGGAGAUGCAUUGCUGAAGAGGAUGUGCAAGGAGUUCUAGAGCAUUGCCAUGGGUCAGCUUAUGGAGGUCACUUUGCUACAUUCAAAACAGCAACUAAGGUUUUGCAAUCUGGUUUAUGGUGGCCUACUUUGUUUAAGGAUGCAGCAAGCUACAUUGCCAAGUGUGAUCCGUGCCAAAGGAAAGGAGGGAUCACCAAGAGGGAGAGAUGCCACUAA